AGUGUUCGGUGUUUUGGUUAAUGCUUUGCUUCACAUUUAGCCUUUGCUUGCAGUACACGUACGCUGUUACAAUGGCCAAAUUUACAAAUGUGAAAUGUGCGACGCUUGACAAACCCUUCGCUGAUAUCGCCUAUUGCAAACUCAAAGCAUUGUCUCGCGAUGAAGUCGCACUUUCGUUGCGUGUUAAUCUCUUCGAACUGCCAGUGAAUAAUGUCAGCUUGAAUGUGGAAUGUUUCAAGAAAUAUAACGGUUAUCGACCGUUCCUGUAUAACAAGACGGUGGAUUUUUGUGACUUUCUACGAAAUAAGAAGCGUGUCGGGUUGUUUAAUCUAGUUUUCAAAUUUUUAGAAACCUAUUCAAACAUCAACCACACUUGUCCUUAUAAUCAUGAUAUCAUCGUUGAUCGACUAAUUUUAAAACCGCAAUAUUUUGGCUUAUUACCACUUCCAGCGGGGGAAUAUCGCGUGAAGAUUAGCGUUGGUGCUUAUAAUGAUUGGAAAGCAGUUUUCAAUAUUUUUUUACAAGUUUGGGAAUAACUA